UGCUUAGUGGGAGUGGAAAAAAUUUUCACUAUAUGGUUAGUGCAUUACCACUAUGCGCUUAGUGGUAAUGCAUUUACUACCACUAACCAUAUAGUGAACAUUUUUUUCACUACCACUAAGCAUCUAGUUCAGCACUUUAAAUUUCACUACCACUUAGUGCUUAGUGGUAGUGAAAAACUAGAUGCUUAGUGGUAGUGAAAAAAAUGUGUCACUACCGCCAUUCAAAGGGAUUCGGUCUCAAUUGCGUCUGCCUCGAGUGACUCGCACCAUUCUGAUACCACUCCAAUCUGGAUACUGCAACAGGUUAAAUUUUAACCUGAGCAAGAAACUCAGAUGUGCCCAACACGUAUUCGGCAUGCGAAUAGUCUUCCCAUGACUCGACACCAGUGUUGCCAACUUCUUUUUGAAAGUCUUUUAGCUCUUUCUAGCUGAACAAAUAAUCUAUUAUUGCCAUGCUAUGUUCAUCAUUAACAUACUUUUGGCACAGUUUUCUGUCGGCGGCGGGAUAGCUGAAUAUUUGCACAAUUGCAGAAAUAUGGAUAGGUCGGAGUGGCACAUUUCCUGGGCUGCCAAUUAGUUGAGCUUGAGGAUAAGGGUCAGGAGACAAGCCGAUCUGGGCUAAGCAAACAACUACAGUAACAACAACAAAAACAACAGCAACGGGUUAUGCCGGUGUAUCUUCACCAAGUCACUCUUUAAAUGUAAAAAAAAAAACUUUGAGCUGAUAUUAGUCCAACCGCCACAAAAACUCACUGCAUCAACUAAUUUAUACUGGAACUUGACCGCAUUGAACUUUCAUAUUUAAAAUAAUUUUAAUAUACAUAUGUAUGUACGUAUUCGCUAUGACUACAUAUUGUUAUUAUUUGUGAGCUAUUUUGAUGUAUGUAAUUGCCUGCGCAUUUAUGAGUAUUUUCUUGCGCCGCGUAGACGCUAGAUAAUGCUUCUUGCAUUAAAAAAUUUACUAGACGCUAACUUAGUACGAACCGAAUUGCGCUAGAAGUCAGAUGGUUGUUUAUAAAAAAAAAAACAGAAAUACAUAGUACCAAGAACAAAAGUACAUACGAGUAUAUUAGAACGCGCGCAAUGUUUAGAAGAAUCACAUUGUUGCUGUGCUAUUUGUUGAGCCUCUUACUGCUCAUUAGCGCCUUAUCAAAGGCAAAUCAAGCUAGCAGCAGCACCUCUCAGCUGUCUACACAGCAGCAUGGAAUAUCUGCCGAAUUGAAUACGCCUGGACGUCCACUCGCUAAACACGAAGAUGACAGCGGGUAUAACAACAUUAUUAGCAAUGAAAAUAGCAACAGCAAAUUGAGUGGACGUGACAGAUUACUUUUCUAUACGCUUCAUCACUUUGCGGUGCUCUCGAACUUUACUGUCCAGCAUGGCACUGAAGUUUUGCAAAAAGUUCUAAAAGAAGCAGCUACACUCAAUGAGUCCACAGAUGCUUUGAAAUCACACCUGCUUAGUUUUGCGGAUUAUAUAGCACGUGCCGAACAACUAAACGAAAAACCGGCCGAUGAAGUGAAGGUGGGCGAACUAUACGACAUGGUCGUACAAUUUACAGAGCUGGUGGACCGAUACAACACAACCGCGGUGGAGAAUGCCUCCACUGAGACUUUGUAUUUAGAAAUAUCGUUGAAGCAGAAUGGAUUAGAUAAGUUACACGUGGAUUUCUUACAACACUUUCUCGAUUUCGUCGAUGGGUUCAGCGCUCGAAUGGAUAAUUAUUUGAAAAGUUUGAUGCCCGAGCAACGGUUGAACGAGCGAAAAAUGAUGGAGUGGUAUCGUAAGCUUAAUGAUGAAACCGACGCGGAGAAGAAAGUGGAAAUAUUCACCAAGUUUUUUACACUAUACGCAUGAAAAUGUGCGAUAAAANGUCUGAUGUGUGAAACUGAUACGGCUGGGUAAUACCGUUGGUGACGAUGAGCAAUACCACCAGCUCCGUCAGAA